AUGUCCCAAAAGGCAUACACUAAUUUCAUCGUUAAUAUUAUAUCCAACGUAAUGGAUCCAAAGCAUACUCACUGUGCAAAUCACGAUACAUUAUUAGAUAUAUUAAUUGAAGCAGAAAAACUCUUCGAAACAGAACCAUCAUUCAUUGAAGUAUCAGGGAAGUUUAUCGUUAUUGGUGAUAUCCACGGAAAUAUUGAUAUAUUGUUAAGAAUAUUUACAAAGAAUGGAUAUCCAGACAAGACAAGAUACAUAUUUUUAGGUGAUUAUGUUGAUCGAGGAGAAAAUUCAAUUGAAGUUAUUUCGAUCCUAUUUGCUUUCAAGGUAUUAUUCCCAGAAAAUAUUUAUUUAAUUCGUGGUAAUCAUGAAUCCCGUUCGAUGACAGAAUACUACGGAUUUAAGGAUGAAUGUGAUCGUUAUGCUAAUGAAGCUAUUUAUAAUGCAACAAUGAAUGCCUUUGAUAACUUGCCAAUAGGAAUUAUAUUAAAUAAUGAAGUAUUAUGCGUCCAUGGAGGCAUACCACGCAAUAUUAACUCCCGCGAAGAACUUUAUGCUAUUGCUAAAACAGACGGUGAACCAAAUCCUGGUCCUGUAACUGAUAUUUUGUGGAGUGAUCCAAAUGAUGAUGAAAAUGUUAAGGGUCAAUGUGUGCGUGGUGCAGGAUUUGUUUAUGGGCAAUGCGAUGUUAAGAACUUCUUAAAUAACUUGAAGCUCUCUUUGAUUUGCCGCUCCCAUGAACAAUGCAUGAAUGGAUAUGAUUUCCCAUUUGAAAGCCAAUGCCUCAUUACUAUUUUUAGCUCAGCAGAUUAUUGUGGAACUCACAAUUCUGCUGGAAUUUUGAAAUUUUUAGAUUCAAAUAUUUCCAACGUCAGUCUUAAUUUCUUCAAGCCGCACAGCCAAAGGAAGUAUACAUUGCCUGCGUUUGAACUCAUCAAGAAGGAUGUUUUGUCUCAUGCUGAUUUAGCCAUGAAUGAAGAAGAACCAAGUUCUCCAGAAGUGGUUAAUAGCCUACUCGACUAA